AUGAGUGGUCGGAAUAUCUCGUACGGCCGAGGAGGCGCCGGCAACAUCGCCCCCCAGAACAAGACACCCACAGCCAAAGACUUUGUCACGCCAACCAUCAAGCAAGAAGUCUACACCACCGGUCGCGGUGGCUCAGGGAAUAUGGUCCAGAAUGAUCCAGAGCGCCCGGAGAUUGCGCGCGAGAGCCAGGACGUCGAAUCACCCCCGCUGCGAGCGGCGCAGUACCCCCACCACACAGGCCGAGGCGGUGCCGCCAAUGCCUAUAUCCCAACCCCAGAGGAGGAAGAAAAUGCCCGCAAGCAGGAGGCCGAGCUGGUGCGGGUGCGCACACAGUCCAAGGAUCGCGUCAAGGAAAUUGAGCAGGAACGUCAGGAGCUGCGGAAAGGGUCGCCGUCCGCCUAA